AUGCUUCCCAAAACAGACGCCGUCGUCACGGAGGCCAUCCACGCCAUCGCCGAAUCCUUUAAUGCCCAACUCCAAGAGCUUCGCUCUUCCCAGCUUGAAUUAAAAACUGCCUUGGAAAACAAACUCGAUUCCACCCUUACUGACAUCCAUCACCAGAUUUCCCAACUAAAUAUAGCAAAUUCUCAAAAAUCACCAUCCACAAUCGAUACAUACAAAGGGGUUCUUUCUGCAAAACCAACACCAUCAAGUUUUCCACCGCCCUCUACCUCUGUUUUCCAACCAAAAACCCCCAAAUACUUUUUGACCCAUUUUGAUGGCAGCAACGUUCAUGCUUGGAUUUUUCAGGCUGAACAAUACUUUUCCUAUUACUCGAUUGCCCCUGAUCAGCGUAUACCCAUUGCUGGCUUUUUCAUGACCGGUGAGGCCCUGACCUGGGUCCAAUGGAUGCACCGCCACAGUUUGCUCUCGGAUUGGGAUUCCUUUACUCGCGAACUGGAAAUUCGCUUUGGUCCUUCCAUCUUUAUGAAUCCCCAAACUGCUCUUUUCAAAUUGAAGCAGACCAGCACCGUUGCAAACUAUCAGAGAGAGUUUGAACUCCUCACCAACAGAGUGGCUGGUUUUUCCGAUGAACAUCUGCUCAACCUCUUUGUAUCUGGUCUACGGCAGGAUAUCCAACGUGAGGUUAUUAUCCAAAACCCAUAUUCAUUAACCAUGGCUUUGGCUUUAGCUAAGCUUUAUGAAGCCAAGAUUGCGGAGACUCGACCACAAUAUAGGGCCCCUACUACGCCGCCCACUCCGCCCUUGCCUUCUCGGAACUCACAGCUUCCUUCUACGGUUCCAACUUCUAAGGCCUCACCGUUAUCAGCCGGAAGAUUUCCCAUUCGCCGCCUUACAGCUACUGAAAUGCAGGCUCGGCGCUCUAAGGGGUUGUGUUUCAAUUGUGACGAGCAGUUCAAACCAGGGCAUCGUUGCAAAACGACCCCUUUUCUGCUUUUACAGUCUCAUGAGGAGUCUUUCGAGCCAGUUCCACCAUUGAACGACACUCCUAUGGAUCUUUAUCCUCCCUCAGUCGAACUGUCGGCACUGCCAUUGCCACCGCCACCUACUCACUCUCCGGCGACCGACACCAGUGACUUUCAGGUCUCCCUUUACGCUCUAUAUGGCCACUCCUCCCAAUCUUGUAUGAAAUUACAGUGCCAGAUUAGAGGACUUCCAUUCACGGUGUUAAUUGAUUCGGGGAGUACCCAUAAUCUCAUCCAACCAAAAGUGGCUCGUCAUUUGGGACUAUUAAUUGAGCCGGCGCCACCUCUCUCCGUUAGAGUGGGAAACGGUGACGUUUUACAUUGUCAAGGGAUGGUCUCGGCGCUACAAAUAGACCUACAAGGUGUAAAUUUUGCCCUAGAUCUAUAUCUUUUGGAUGUGCAUGGAGCUGAAGUUAUUCUUGGAGUGCAAUGGAAAAUGGGUUACUAUUUCGGGUCAUCGUCCUCUUCAGGCCGACCCAGUCACCCCCAACAACUCCAUCGUUGGGCCCAAACAGAUGCCAUUUCUUCAGCCAAUUGGUUGACUCUUCAAGCUACUACAUCAGAAGACCUAGAACAGUCACUGCCGCUUGACUCAGUUCCUCCUGCCUUGGCGGCACUUUUACAACGCUUUUCCAAGGUCUUCGAAACCCCUAAAGGCCUACCUCCAAAACGUCAACAUGAUCACCACAUUCACCUCAUUCUGGGAUCGAAGUCUGUGAAUGUAAAACCCUACCGUUAUCCCCACAGUCAGAAGAAGGAUAUGGAAAUUCUUAUUAUCGAAAUGCUGCAAGAGGGUGUGAUUCGUCCAAGCACCAGUCCCUUCUCAUCACCAGUUUUGUUAGUUCGCAAAAAAGAUGGAUCAUGGCGGUUUUGUGUUGACUACAGGGCCCUCAAUGCGAUAACCAUACGAGAUCGUUUUCCAAUCUCUACAAUUGAUGAACUAUUGGAUAAACUUCAUGGAGCCUCUGUGUUUACAAAGAUUGACUUGCGAGCGGGCUAUCACCAGAUACGGAUCGCAGAACCAGAUAUCUCAAAGACAGCAUUUCGUACUUCCGAUGGGCACUUUGAAUUUCAGGUGAUACCUUUCGAUCUUACUAACGCACCCUCUACUUUUCAAUCUGCUAUGAACGACCUCUUUAGACCUUUUUUGAGGCGUUUUGUCUUAGUCUUUUUCGAUGACAUAUUGGUAUACAACAAGUCUUUGGAAGAGCACUUGACUCACUUGCAACAGGUUCUGAAUCUACUAUUAGAACAACAAUUUUAUGCCAAGCUGUCCAAAUGUUCUUUUGCUCAGUCUUCAAUUGAUUACCUGGAGCACAUCAUAUCUGAUCAGGGUGUUCAAGUCGACCCAUCGAAAAUUGAAGCAGUCAUGGCUUGGCCUCAGCCAUCGAAUGUCAAGAGCCUCCGCGGGUUUUUGGGAUUAACAGGGUACUAUCGCAAGUUUGUGGCUCACUACGCCACCAUUGCAGCACCAUUGACAGAUUUGCUUAAGUCGAAGGCCUUUCAUUGGACACAAUCGGCCUCUGAUGUGUUUGAAAAGUUGAAGCAAGCACUGACUUCUACGCCCUGUCUAGCUCUUCCGGAUUUUUCGAAACCAUUCGAAGUCACCACUGAUGCUUCUAAUGUUGCGGUGGGAGCGGUAUUGUCCCAAGACAGCCAUCCCCUGGCUUAUUUCAGUAAGAAAUUAAAUCCUAAGCUCCAAAACUCUUCAACAUAUGUAAGGGAGAUGUAUGCUAUAACCGAAGCUUUUAAAAAGUGGAGGCAGUAUUUGCUUGGGCGACCUUUCAUCAUUUAUACCGAUCAACAGAGCUUGCGAGGAUUGAUGAACCAAACAAUCCAGACUCCUGAGCAGCAAAAAUGGUUGGUAAAGUUACUUGGAUUUCAAUAUUCAAUUCAAUAUAAGCCUGGGACACAAAACAAGGUUGUGGAUGCCUUGUCUCGCUCUUUUCCUGUGGAAGCUAAUUGCUUAGCUAUAUCGGGUCUUGUCUUCUCUUUUUUGGAUGAUUUAAGGCAGUAUUUCAUCAGUGACACACGAGGAAAACUAUUCUUUCAACAAUGCCAAGACUCCCCAUCUGAGUUUACUAUAGUCAAUGGCUUGAUCAUGAGAGAUGGGCGGAUUGUUAUACCAGAUUCACACCCUCUCCAACAGACCUUGCUCCAUGAGUUCCAUAGCACUCUCACAGGAGGCCAUGCCGGUAUUUCUCGCACCUUGGUGAGACUCUCUGCUAGUUUUUGGUGGAACAAUAUGAGGAAAUCAGUCAAGGAGUUUGUAUCAACUUGCAAGGUGUGUCAAGAGGUGAAGUAUUUAACCUCUAAACCACAAGGGCUGCUAGAGCCCCUUCCUAUUCCAUCCCAGGCUUGGCAAGAUAUUGCCAUGGACUUUAUCACUCACCUUCCUAUCUCUCAUGGCAAGGUAACUAUAUGGGUCAUUGUAGACAGAUUUUCCAAAUAUGCGCAUUUCUUAGCUUUACCAGCGGGUGUUACUGCUCCUCAUUUGGCUGCUAUAUUUGCUCAAGAGAUAGUCAAGCUUCAUGGGAUACCUCGAAGUAUUGUUAGUGAUCGAGACCCACUCUUUGUGAGCAAGUUUUGGAAUGAACUGUUUAAGCUACAAGGAACUCAACUACCAAUGAGUAGUGCCUAUCAUCCUCAAACGGAUGGACAGUCGGAGGUCUUAAACCGUUGCCUGGAGACUUACUUGCGAGCCUUUGUGUCUGAGAAUCCCAAGCAGUGGACUCGAAUUCUUCAUUGGGCGGAAUGGUCAUAUAACUCCUCCUUUCAUUCAGCAGCAUGUAUGACCCCUUUUCAAGCCUUGUAUGGGUUCCCUCCGCCAUCCAUUCCAUCAUAUCUUCCUGGUUCUACCACUGUUGCACAACUGGAUGACAGCCUUAUUGAUAGACAACAGCUUUUAAAACAAUUAAAGGCUAACCUUGCUCGAGCCAGCAACAGAAUGAAGAUUCAGGCUGAUAGAAAGAGGGUUGAAAAGCAAUUCACUGAAGGAGAUUUAGUCUUGGUUAAGCUUCAACCAUACCGACAGCAAUCUGUCGUUUCCAGGACAUCUCAGAAGCUUUCCAAGAAAUAUUUUGGUCCAUACAAGAUUCUGCAGAAGAUUGGGCCAGUUGCCUAUAAAUUAGAAUUGCCAGAGGGAUCGCGAGUUCAUCCAGUUUUUCACGUUUCGUUGCUGCGGGCAUUCAAAGGGGACUUACCAGCAACUCCAUCACCCCUUCCAACAGAGUGUGUUAAUGGUCAACCUACCUUAGAACCAGAGCUGAUUUUGAAGAGCCGCCAAGUGAAACAAGCUAAGAAGGUUUUGACACAAGUGCUGGUUAAGUGGAAGCAGCUACCAGAGUCGGAUUCGACGUGGGAAUGGGCCGAGGACAUCUCUUCCAGCUUUCCUAAUUUCAACCUUGAGAACAAGGUUGUCAUACAAGAGGGAAGUAAUGUUAUGAGUUCAUCUUCCAAUGGUAGCAGCCUAGGUCCAAGAAGCAAAAGAGUGGGAAUGAAGCCCAGCAGGGACCACACUAAUUUACAAGGACCCAUACCUGAUGAACUUGGCCAGUUAUCAAUAUUGGAGAUUUUUCAACUUUCUUCAAAUAAUUUGUCUGGAAUUAUUCCUCCAUCAAUCUAUAAUCUUUCUUCCAUAUACCGUUUCUCUGUUGCUGAUAACCAGUUGCAGGGUUAUCUUCCACCGGAUAUUGGUCUCACCCUUCCUAAUCUAGAAGAGUUGUAUGAUAACCAGUUAACUGGUACCAUCUCUGAGGUUGUUGGGAAGCUUCAAAAAUUGGGAGUUUUGUAUUUGAGUGGUAAUAGACUUUCAGGACUGUUGCCAUCUUCACUUGGAAAUUUAACUGAAUUAACUAGGUUCUUGAUGGACAACAAUAGAUUUGAGGGGAUUAUACCUCCAAGCUUGGGAAACUGUCAAAAGUUGCUUGUGCUAAAUGUUUCCAACAAUAAUCUCAGUGGCCCCAUUCCUAGAGAGAUUAUGACUAUUUCUUCCCUGUCAAUUGCUUUGUCCAUGUCUAAUAACUCUUUGAGUGGCUCAAUUCCAGCCGAAGUUGGCAAGUUGAACAAUCUUGUGAAGUUAGACUUAGCAGAUAAUAGACUUUCAGGUGAAAUUCCAAGCAGCCUUGGUGGCUGUGUUAGUUUACACCGCCUGUAUUUGGAAGGUAAUGCAUUUGAAGGAACGAUUCCUUUAGCCUUGGAGUCUUUAAGAGGUAUAGAAGAAAUAGAUCUUUCACGCCACAAUCUGUCCGGACAAAUUCCAAAUUUUCUCAGCAAGCUUUCAUUUCUCAAGCAUCUCAAUCUUUCUCAUAAUGAUUUUGAAGGAGAAGUGUCAGAAGCAGGCAUAUUUGGAAAUGCAAGCGCCUUUUCUGUCAUUGGAAACAAUAAGCUUUGUGGCGGUGUCCAAAAUCUAUAUUUACCUUCGUGCACAAGAAAAGGUCAAGGAAGUCAUAUUGGUCUGAAGGUAGUAUUACUUGUCACAAGUGCAGUUAUUGUUGUCAUUCUUUUAUGUUCCUAUGCUUCAUGUUAUCUAUUGAGGAACUCAAGGAGUCGGUCCGGUGCACUCUCUAAGCAAGGAGAUUCUAGGAGUUUCAUGGAUGAGUGCAAUGCUUUGAGAAGUGUGCAACAUCGCAACCUCCUCAAGAUCAUCACUGCUUGCUCUUCUAUUAAUCAUCAAGGAAAUGACUUCAAGUGUCUUGUAUUUGAGUACAUUCCUAAUGGAAAUCUGGAUCAGCGGCUGCACCCUGGAGCUGAUGAUCAGUUCUUAUCAAUUAAUCCCUGCAAUGAUAUUCAUAGCCUAUCGGUUCAGCCAAAGGGUUCCAUUGGGUAUCCUGAGUAUGGCAUAGGAGGUCAAACGUCUAUACCUGGAGAUAUCUACAGCUAUGGAAUACUAUUACUGGAGAUGUUUACCGGUAAAAGUCCAACUAAUGACAUGUUCAACGAAGACUUGAGCCUUCACAAUUUUGUCGAAGUAGCCUUGCCUCAAUAUGCCAUGGAUGUGGUUGACCUAUCAAUGUUUUCCAAAGAAGAUAACAGCAAAGAAGAGAUCACUGCUGAAACCUUGGUGGAAGAAUUUGUAGUUCCUGUGAUGAAAAUUGGACUCUCUUGUUCUGCAACAUUACCAGCUGAGCGGAUGAUUAUGAUUGCUGUUGUCAACAAAUUGAAUGAUAUCAAGGAUAGAUUCAUGAAGCUAAUAAGUAACAGCAAAAGAAGGAUAAGAAAGCAUUAUUGA